AUGGAGCCGCUCACAACCCCAAACCCGGAGAUAUUUUCAAAAGCCUUGGGGCUGACCUACAAGGACUCGAACUCUAACGGGAAGAUACGGAUUUUUGUGGAAGCGGGAGCGGACUUUGAGGCUGAGGAUGAUGUGGAUCAGGUGCUCCACGGCCGGUUCACUUGCCCUAGGUUACCAAGCCCUAUCAGGAUCUCGGCCGUGUAUGCUAAGUGCACGAGAGGGGAACGACUUGUACUAUGGGAUAAGAUGAGAGAUAUCACUCAAGUAACUGAAGGGAUGCCUUGUAUCAUUGGGGGGGGGGACUUCAACACCAUCCUCUCCACACGAGAUAGGGCGGGUAGCGUCACAAAUCGGCAGGAGGAGAUGAUUGACUUCGCCGAAGCCAUUGAGGAUUGUAGAUUACCGGACCCGAUCUUCGAUGGUUCAGAUUACACCUGGGCCAAGAAUGGCCUUCUGGAAAGGUUGGAUAUAGUGUUGGUGAGCGAAAUGUCGACCCGACUUUUUGAUGCUAUAAGGGUCACAAAUCUCCCUCGUGUAGCCUCGGAUCACAGGCCAAUCCUUGUCAGGUGCAGAAUGACGAACAACCAUGAGAGUGGCAGAGCGUUCCAAUUCCAGAACAUGUGGGUCCGGCAUGAGGGCUUUGCCGAACUGGUGCAAGAAGACUGGACGGUCCCCACGGAAGCCGAGGGAUUACUCAACCUGAAGAUCAAGUUAUCAAGGAUCAAAAAGACAUUCAAACGAUGGAACAAAGAGGUCUUCGAGAAUAUCCAUGCCAACCUCAGAAAUUGUGAAGAGAACAUCGCCUUGGCUCAAACCGAGUUUGAAGAGAACCCCUCACCCCGGAACAGAAUGGAGAUCAACAAACAGAUUGCUGAGUACAUCCUCCUUCUCAAGAUGGAAGAAGACUUUUGGCGCCAGAAAGUGGCCCUUCGAUGGCUGGAGGAGGAAGAAAAAAACACUAGGUUUUAUCAAAGUUGGGUGAAGUAG